AUGGACCAUGACAUGAGCCAUCAAACAGGAACACUCAUAAAUGAUCGAUACAUUCUUUCCAGUGCCACACAACUCUUUGGCUACUUCCCAUACAUGUACAAAGUGGCCCUUGGGUACCACUUGAUGUGUCAGAAUGAAUUCACCUCAACCAUCUACAGUGUGCAGGAAAUAAUUAUUCAUCCCAGUUUCUACCACGGCACCAGCAUGAACAAUAUAGCCCUCCUCAAGAUCUCCGUUCCUGUCCCGUUCACGCGUUACAUCUCACCGAUUUGCCUCCCAACACCAGAAGCACACUACGACGGCAAACUGGGCACAGUGGCGUCCUGGUUUUCAGCUCCAAUGAUCACAGCUGCGAGUGCGGCUGGAGUGAGUUCCACUACCGUGGCGAAUGUAGUCUCUCCUGUAAAUCCCCAAAGCACUACCAUCAGCGAAAGCCCAAUAUUCCCGAGAUCCACUCCAGUUUAUGCCGCUCACUGUAUUCCUCAUAAAAUCGGACUUCCCAUACACACAGGACAGCACUGCAACGCCUUUGUCGGGAUAAAUGAAGGAUGUAUUGGCGUUGGGGGCGCUGUUAAUAUGCAUCUGUGUCAGAAGGAUUCUGGAUCAGGAAUAUUUUAUCCUUCUCACAAAGGAUACUACGAAUUAGUUGGAAUUCUCUCCAAUAAACAACUUUGCAAUGGGGAAGUCAUUGGUUCAAAAUCAACCACGAAGAAUCUAAUUCAAUCGACACCUCCAGCCGAAGGCGUCUCAGAGAUUCCUAUAGAUGAGCCAGAGGAGCCUGAAGAAAGAUCUGCACGAUUCAUCGAUACCCUGUCAUAUUUGAUGGGAAUUCCCACCUUUGCCAAAAUCACCGACCAUCUCGAGUGGAUUCUAUCUAAUACGAAAGAUGCCUUGUAUUGUCAUAAAAUCUAA